AUACCCCAAAGUCGGGCACGCUCGGUCUUGUGGUAGUCAAGCCAGGGGCCUGGUGGGCUAGUGACGUAGAUUUGGGAGUGAGAGGGCACGCUUCCAGUAAUGCUUUCAGAUUGUUAUCAGAGUCCCCUUCCUUUCAAAGCAGUCUGUCCGCCCUCUGCAUGAGGUCUUUCUCUCGCUUGCUUCACAUUCUGAGUCUCCUUACCUGUGGGCACUUUGAAAGAAAGGGGGUGUCUGCAGGAAGUCAGUCAAACCUGGCCAUUGUCCUAAACAACCUCAGUCUGCCUGUGCCCAUAGUACCUCGUCCAUAGGCAGAAGUGAAAGUAAAGGCACUUUUAAAUUUUAUUAAUUUAUUAAUUUAUUUAUUAUUUAAGAUAGGGUCUCACGACUCAGGCUGGCCUUGAACUUACAGUGCUGUCCGUGCUUCUCUCAAACGGACAGUCCUCCUGCUUUAGCCUCCCGAGGAAUGGGCUAAUGGGACUAUGCCACACACACUCAGGCUAAACCUAUGUUUUAUGACCAGGAAGGUUAUUCUAAGACAGAAAGGGAGGCCCCCACUUAUCUUUCUCACAUUCUCCGAAUACGAGGAAGUGACAGGAUCACUGACAGCUUCCACACUGGGUGUUGGCUAACGCAGUCAUACAGGAGAGGGUCUCGUCCUGGCCUUCCCCUCUCGCUCUGGUAACAGCAGCUGGCAAUCCUCACAGCUAACCCAGCCCCAUUCAGACCUCCUUGUCUACUUCCCACUCCUUGAUUCCAACUCACAGUCAUCCCGCCCAUUCUGUGGACGCAGUCGGAAAUGGGCUGCCAGUGGGAGUCAGGUUUUGGUGCCAAGGGGUCUGAGCUUCAGAAAAAGAGCAAAGAAGAGUGCAGUAACAUCAAGGACCACCAGAUGGUGACACUGGGUCCUUGAGCAAUUCAAUUCAAAGGCCCAGGUCACCAACCAGGGGGCCAGACAGCCAACUAAUAAAUGUCCUCAGCUUCUAAGUGAAUAACCCUCUUGCUUCUGUCUUGUGAUCCCAGAUUCGAGAGUAGCAAUCUUCCCUUCUCCUUUAACACGGCCUUUAGCUCAUUGAGAUGCAGGGAAAACGAGUGGACACUUGUGAACUGCCUGGAGUUUCUGUGGACAACCAUCCUAACACAGCAAGGAGGACAGUGCCAGUGUCUGUGAGAGGACAGAGGCCAUCACUAAUGGCUGACUUCCCAGCUCCCUCACUGCAAGCCUGGGAUACAACAGCUACCAGAGAGGAUAUGACCCUCAGGUCCUGCACGUCUCCCAAGGACCAUGCUAAAGACCUCUCCUUGAUAUUACAUCUCUGUUUCUCCACAAAUUGUUUCCAAAACAUUUGUCUCCCUGGGCAUAUGGAUGGCUGUGUAGUCCAACUUGGCAGACCUCUGGAAGCCGAGACUUCCCUCAGCUACAGGAUUUGGAAAUACCGAUCGUGUCUAUAUUCCGGAGCAUGGCACAGCAGUUCCAAGAUGUAUCAUUCGGAAUCAGCAACCAUUCUGAGGUCCUGACCCAUUACAACGUCACCAGCAACAGCAUCUGCCUCUUUCGAUUGGUAGAUAAUAAGCAGCUACGUUUGGACGCCGAAGACAUUGACGAUCUCGAUGCUGCCAAGCUGAGCCGUUUCAUUCACUUGAACAACCUCCACUGGGUGACGGAGUACAGCCCUAUGAUUGGAGCUGGCUUAUUUAACACCAUGGUUCAGACCCAUCUUCUCCUGAUAAUGAACAAGGCUUCCCCAGAGUAUGAAGAAAGCCUGCGUAGCUAUCAGAAGGCAGCUAAGCUCUUCCAGGGACAGAUUCUCUUUGUUCUGGUGGACAGCGGCAAAAGGGAAAACGGAAAGGUGAUAGCCUAUUUCAGACUAAAAGAGUCUCAGCUGCCAGCUCUGGCCAUUUACGAAUCUGUGGAUGACAAGUGGGACGCCCUGACCAUCACAGAAGUUACGGUGGAGAAGGUCCAAAGCUUCUGCAAUGGAUUCCUAAAGGGUAUGCUGUUGAGAGAUCAGAAAGCUGAAAACGACUCUGGGAAGGAGGAGCUCUGACCGCUCCCUGGAACUUGAACUCGCUGUUCUCUGUCUAUUCCGUGCUGAAUAAAAAGGAGCCGUUCCAGCCUCUGCAACACUCAGGAUCACUGGGUGUUCUGACAAGGGGCGGGAGGGGCACAAUCAUUCGUGUCUGAA